AUGUCAUCAUCAUCUGACCUGAGUGCUUGGGGGACGGCGGAAUCCAUCGCCGCCAUCGCGCGACCCGGUGACCUCAUCGAAUUCUCCAGACUGGGUUACGCGCACUGGGCAGUCUACAUCGGUAACGGGAGCGUCAUUCACGUCUUCUUGGAAUGUAAGGGACUAGGAAAUUCGGCCGAGAUCAAGGAGGAACGCUUACUAAAAGUGUGUGGUGGGGACAAGUGUAGGAUCAAUAAUCAUGCAAAUGAAGCUAAGAAGAAGGGACUGCAGGCCUUACCACCCGAAGUGGUCGUGGCCAAUGCGAAAAGUUACGUCGGACAUGAAACUCCGUACGGACUUUUGAGUGACAAUUGCGAAUUUUUCGCGACCAGUUGCCGAUAUGGAGAUGCUUUUUGUCAUCAGAUUGAUUCCAAGUCAAGUCUCAUGGACACGAUUGCGAUUAUCUGUGGCGUAGUUGGUGGUGUUGCAUUAGGUGAAAAAAAGUUCCUAGAGUGGAAACAAGGAAAUGCAGAACGGGCCUACGAAUCUGGAAACCGAACACGGGCAGCAAACCAAUUCAAUUGA